GGCAUGUGGGAUCUUAGUUCCCCGACCAGGGAUCAAAGCCACAUCCCCUGCGUUGCAAGUGCAGAAUCGCAACCACUGGACCACCAGGGAAGUCCAGUGGACCACUUCUUUAGGAAAAUUAUCAGUUCUUAAGUUCCAGUGCAAAUGCUGCUUCUGCUUAGAAACUUUCUCUUCCCAUAUCAGCUGGAAGGAAUCUCCUUUUCUUAAGUCCUAUACAGUUUGGCCGCUACCUCUACUUAUCACGUUGUUUUAUUAAGGUUGUUUUUGUACAUGGCUUAUCUGUACUAGAUUGUACCUGGCUUAUCUGUACUAGAUUGUAAACUUCUCACGAGCAGGGACUAUGUUUUAACUUUCGUGUUCCCCACACCUUCUUGUAGUUGGCAAGUAGGGCUUUGAUCAGCAUUCCCUAACAGUGGCUAAAAGUGCUUAGUUUAAAAUAUGUCUUUAUAACACAUGGAAGAAAAGGGAGCUAGAAACUGAGCUAGUCAGGGCAAAAGUGUAUACAUUAUCAAUCAGCAAAUUAUUCACUUCUUCCCACUUUGUUACUUCCAUUCUCUCCAGGACUUAUUUAAUGGUUGGCUGCUGUCAGCCUUAGAGACUGUUAACUCUUAAAAAGUGUUUAGGUGGUCAGAGGAGUGGAUUUGCAAUUGUUUUUGGUUUUGAUCUGUUUUAAUGUACUCAGUGUCUCCAAAUAAUACUGUCUGCAGAGUAUGUGUAAUUUCCUUCCCAGUCUCUCAACAGGCAUGCCUAGCGCCCACUCCAAAUAGCCCUAGUCACAAGUCAGAGGAUAGGCUUAAUGAGCAGGGCGGGCAAGCAGCUUUCAGGAUCCCCUGUUGUGGGGUUGAUGCUGCUCAAGUUGAGUCAGAAGAGGCAGAAGUGGAUGUGAGAGAAAGAGAGACACAGAGAGACAGAGAGCCAAAGAGGGCAAGAGACUUGACUUUAAGAGACUGCUGUACUGACAACUCCAUGCAGUUCGGAACCAGAACGACUCCGGCUGAACCAGGGUUCAUGGGGACAUGGCAAAACGCUGAUACUAACCUCUUAUUCAGAAUGUCCCAACAGGUUCCAGUGGCAUGUGCUGGCAGAGUGCUGGGUGCAGACUUCUGCCCAAACCUGGAGGAGCCAGACCAGAGGCUGGAAGUCCAGGCCAUCCGCUGCACACUGGUGAACUGCACGUGUGAAUGUUUCCAGCCGGGGAAGAUUAACCUGAGGACUUGCGAUCAGUGUAAACAUGGCUGGGUGGCACAUGCCUUGGAUAAGCUCAGCACGCAGCACCUCUACCACCCCACCCAAGUGGAGAUCGUGCAGUCCAACGUGGUGUUUGACAUCAGCAGUCUGAUGCUCUACGGGACGCAGGCGGUGCCUGUGAGGCUCAAGAUCCUGCUGGACCGUCUCUUCAGCGUCCUGAAGCAGGAGGAGGUGCUGCACAUCCUGCACGGCCUGGGCUGGACCCUGCGUGACUACGUCCGGGGGUACAUCCUGCAGGAUGCUGCCGGCAAGGUGCUGGACCGCUGGGCCAUCAUGUCUCGAGAAGAGGAAAUCAUCACCCUUCAGCAGUUUCUGCGGUUCGGAGAAACCAAAUCCAUUGUGGAGCUGAUGGCCAUUCAGGAGAAAGAGGGGCAGGCCGUAGCUGUACCGUCUUCAAAGACAGACUCAGACAUCAGAACUUUCAUUGAGAGUAAUAAUCGCACCAGGAGUCCCAGCCUCCUUGCCCAUCUAGAGAACAGCAACCCUUCCAGCAUUCAUCACUUUGAAAACAUCCCCAACAGCCUCGCCUUCCUGCUGCCAUUCCAGUACAUAAACCCGGUCUCAGCCCCGCUGCUAGGAUUGCCUCCGAAUGGGCUGCUGUUAGAGCAACCAGGACUGAGGCUGCGGGAACCCAGCCUUUCGACCCAGAAUGAAUAUAACGAGAGCAGUGAAUCUGAAGUGUCUCCCACACCCUACAAGAACGACCAGACGCCCAAUAGAAACGCCCUGACCAGCAUUACUAAUGUGGAGCCCAAAACUGAGCCAGCCUGCGUGUCCCCCAUUCAGAAUUCCGCCCCGGUCAGUGAUCUGUCCAAAACCGAACACCCAAAAAGCUCAUUCCGGAUCCACCGGAUGAGAAGGAUGGGGUCAGCGUCUAGGAAAGGAAGAGUGUUCUGUAACGCGUGUGGGAAGACGUUCUAUGACAAAGGUACUCUCAAAAUCCAUUAUAACGCUGUUCACCUGAAGAUCAAACAUCGGUGCACCAUCGAAGGUUGCAACAUGGUCUUUAGCUCCCUCCGAAGCCGUAACCGUCAUAGUGCGAACCCUAACCCUCGCCUUCACAUGCCUAUGCUAAGGAAUAACCGAGACAAAGAUUUAAUUCGGGCCACAUCAGGGGCUGCCACCCCCGUCAUAGCAAGUACAAAAUCAAAUCUCACACUCACAAGCCCUGGCCGGCCCCCAAUGGGUUUUACCACUCCCCCACUAGACCCCGUCUUACAGAAUCCUCUCCCUAGCCAGCUGGUGUUUUCUGGGCUAAAGACUGUCCAACCAGUUCCUCCGUUUUAUAGAAGUUUACUCACUCCGGGGGAAAUGGUGAGUCCUCCAACCUCCCUCCCGACCAGUCCCAUCAUUCCAACCAGUGGUACCGUAGAGCAGCUCCCCCCAUUACCCUCUGAGCCAGCAGCGCCAGUAGUGAUGAUGGCCACUCAUGAGCCCAGUGCCGACCUGGCGCCCAAGAAGAAGCCCAGGAAGUCCAGCAUGCCUGUGAAGAUCGAGAAGGAAAUUAUUGAUACUGCCGAUGAGUUUGACGAUGAAGACGACGACCCCAAUGAUGGCGGAGCUGUGGUCAACGACGGGAGCCACGACAAUCACUGCCACUCGCAGGAGGAAAUGAGUCCAGGCAUGUCUGUGAAGGACUUUUCUAAGCAUAGCAGGACCCGGUGCAUUUCAAGGACUGAAAUACGAAGGGCCGACAGCAUGACUUCCGAGGACCAAGAACCUGAGCGGGACUACGAGAACGAGUCUGAGUCUUCGGAGCCCAAACUGGGUGAGGAAUCCAUGGAAGGGGAUGAGCACAUGCACGGCGAGGUGAGCGAGAAAGUCCUGGUGAACAGUGAGAGGCCGGACGAGAACCACAGUGAGCCCUCUCACCAGGACGUCAUCAAGGUGAAGGAAGAGUUUACAGAUCCCACUUACGACAUGUUUUACAUGAGCCAGUACGGACUGUACAACGGCGGGGGUGCCAGCAUGGCAGCCCUGCACGAGAGUUUUGCAUCAUCUCUGAAUUACGGCAGCCCUCAAAAGUUCUCCCCGGAAGGUGAUCUGUGUUCUAGCCCAGACCCCAAAAUCUGUUAUGUGUGCAAGAAGAGUUUCAAGAGCUCCUACAGCGUGAAGCUCCACUACAGGAACGUUCACUUGAAAGAGAUGCACGUCUGCACGGUGGCUGGCUGCAAUGCCGCCUUCCCCUCUCGCCGAAGCAGAGACAGACACAGUGCCAACAUCAAUCUCCAUCGUAAACUGUUGACCAAAGAACUCGAUGACAUGGGCCUGGACUCAUCGCAGCCCUCCCUUAGCAAGGACCUCCGGGAUGAAUUUUUGAUGAAGAUCUAUGGUGCCCAGCACCCCUUGGGGCUCGACGUCAGGGAAGACGCCUCCUCUCCCGCGGGGACAGAAGACUCCCACCUGAACGGGUACGGGAGGGGCAUGGCGGAGGACUACAUGGUCCUGGACCUGAGCACCACCUCCAGCCUCCAGUCCAGCAGCAGCAUCCAUUCCUCCAGAGAAUCCGACGCAGGCAGCGACGAGGGGAUCCUCCUGGAUGACAUCGACGGGGCGAGUGACAGUGGGGAGUCGGCGCACAAGGCCGAGGUCCCCACCCUCGCUGGCAGCCUCGGGGCUGACGUUUCAGGAUCUCUGAUGUUCAACAGCUUGUCCGGGAGCAAUGGUGGGAUCAUGUGCAACAUUUGCCACAAGAUGUACAGCAACAAGGGGACCCUGCGAGUGCACUACAAAACCGUGCAUUUGCGAGAAAUGCACAAGUGCAAAGUCCCCGGUUGCAAUAUGAUGUUCUCCUCUGUGCGAAGCCGGAAUCGGCACAGUCAGAACCCUAAUCUCCACAAAAACAUUCCCUUCACUUCGGUAGAUUAGUCUCAGAAAGGACACUACAAAUGCCAGCUCUCACCAGAUGGCCUACGUAUUUGAACUGCCAUAGUCAGUGUGUGCUUGUGUACUUGGGAUGGUGUGUGUGUAUAUGUGUGUGCGUAUACACACGUAUGCCUCUGUGUCUACAUAUACACACACACACACACACACACGUUUUCUUUUCUUUAGAUACAAAAAGAUAAACACUAGGUGCUUUUGAAGUUUUUUUCUCUUUUUCCUUUAUAGGUCGGAUCUUUCAUUUGGGGGUGAAAACAAAGUACCCUUUAAACACGUAUACACACAUCCACACAUAAAAGCGUGCAACUAGCCCAAAUUUUGACAGAAUAAUAAUUCCUGGUCCUCUCCAAAGAGACAAUUUGUUGUACCCAUGACUGUUGCCUGCAAAAAAAAUAAAAGGGAGGAACAAAAAGAAACAAAAAAGGAACUCCUUAUAGUUGUCUUUUGUGAACUUUAAGGUUUUGAGAGAAUCUUCAAUUAAAGCAUGGCAGAUUCACCUGUAAAUAUUUAGCCUUGAGAGGCCAAUGAUGUAAAACAGUUGUAUUGAUGGUUGUUUAGCUCUUUUGUUUAAUUUUUUACAGUUACAUCAGCUGUUAGAUAUACAGGAAAAAAAAAAAUAGUUUGCUGGCUAGCUCUAUUCAUUUAUGUUAGCAUUAAUGCACAUUUUUUAAGGAAAAAAAAAAAAACAUGGUCUUGUUUUUACUACCUGCUAGAUAUAGUGAUAAAGAGGUGCUGGCAUGCCUUACAGCACAGAUCUGAUUUUUUAAAAUGUCCUGUACUAGUACAUAAAUCCAGUCAUGCACUUUUUUUCAUACACUACAAGGGGAUGUGUAAUAUCCAUGCUUCUUUUUUAUCCUUAAACUAUUGCCAUACUUCGAGUAAGUGUCUUUUUAAAAAAAUUCACUUGUAUAAAAAUGGUCUGGUCAGUAUAGGGCACAAAUGCCAAACAAAAGUAUUAGUGUUAACACAAAACUGCCAACUUUGCACAAGUUUCCAGAAAAGAAAAUACAAUUAGUCACUCAACAUAACCACAGGCCAAUUUGUCGGCCACCAGAAAACCGCUUUAGAAAAAAACACUUGGUGAUUCAAGUGCCGAAUGUUAUUACAAUCAACACUGCAACCUUCUUGCUUAUAUGUUAAGUUACAUAAAAGGAAAACAAAAUUAUGUGGUGUGAAACAGCUAAGGCAUUUAUUCUUUAGAGGCUGGAUAAUAUUUCAGGAUACAAAAGCCCAAAUUACUCACUAUGGAACAAAGCUGAAUCCAGUAAGAGUUGAGCACUCAUUCGCAAGGACCUAACCCUUAAUCCUUUAAAAAGACAAAGUCUGAACUGGGUUGGUCUGUUGUGUGGCUAUGUAAUUCACUGCACGUUCCGCAGUAGUACUCCGAUUCAGGCGGGUUUGAGAGACAAAAUCAAAGACCUUUAAGAGCGGCAGCAGCAGUACUUGGAAGCUUUGCAAACAUGUGCUGAACUUGAACUAAGCAACACUCCUUUCUGAAAAGCCAGAAGAAGGGGGUUUAAAAUAGGAUCUCUCACUGUUCAGUGUUUUGUGUUUCCCCACACGAUUUGUCAGAGAGAAAUGAAAGCAAGCCUGAAACCAAGCAAUCGAGAGUGAGAAAGAGGAGGGGAGAGGAUUCUCCAAACCUUUUUUGUUGUGUUUUGUUUUGUUUUGUUUCCGAUGUUUACACAUGUUGCCUGAGCUGGUUUACCACAUCAGCAGCCUCAGCUACCACAACAUACUGACUAAAUGAUGAUAUUUACUCAAGUUCAGUCUGCAGCCAAAACCAUUAGGGUAUGAGCUGCAGACUGUGUUUUGUUGUCUUUUUUUUUUUUUUAAGUGGAGGGGGGAAAAAAGAGAUAAACAAGGAAUAUUUUGUCAAACAGUACCCAGUAAUUUAAAGAGAAUGUAUUUCUUUUCUGCAUUUAAGGGCAUCAAACAUUUCUCUCAGCAGUCUAAAAGUUAGAAAUACCCCCUCUGUCUUAACUUUUAAUGUUAUUUCCAUUUUUCCUGUUUUGUGAGUUUCUUUCUAGGUUCACAUCAGCAUUCACUUCCGUUAAAUUUGCCAAAGGAAACUGUUAAUAUGUUUCUUUUUAUUAUUCCUGUAGGAUUUAUCCUACCUCACAGUAUUUAUUGUUUCCAAAAAUAAGCAUCGUUAGUUGAGGAUUCAGUAUUUUUCUUUGUGAAAAUUUCACAAAUGAUAGAUUCUUAAAGAUAAGCUAGAUGUGUCUAGGGGCUUUAUCUUUUCAUCUCCUUCAGAGCAUGCUAUGGGGUUCAUUUAAUUCUUCAUCUGUUCUACAGUGAGGAGAGACCAAAAGUAUUUGCAGUACAAAAGAAAUUAUAUCAGACACUAUGUCUGUUAAAUGACAAAUGUUUACGGUGAAAAAAGCUGAGGAAUUAGUGCUAACCAUUUUUGUUUUCUUGUACCUUUGAAUUCCCCAAAGUCUUAAUUGCUUUAUUUUGGUGUUGUGUUAAACUGAAUAGACAGAGAUGUUUUCCUUUGUUUUAUACCAUAUAAGACUCUGUACAGUAUGUUUGUGAAAGACUGAACUAGAAUAAUGAAAGUUUGUUUGCAAACAUUUUGGUUCUCUUAGCAUUCUCUGUGUUGCUGCUGUUGCCCUAUUAUCCAAAUGAUUCGAUUCCAAAAGAGUGGAAAAAAACAUAUUUUUGGUAUCCCAACAAAAGAUUAUGGAAACACUAGCUUUGGGAGUGUGCUAGACUAAAUGACACUUCGUUUUAUGAAAAUAACAAAUUUUCAGCCAUUUUUAACAGUUACACUCUAGGUUGAAAUAUUAGAACUCACCUUGUACAAAAAUCAGUGUUUACUCUGUUUAAUUUAAUGUCAACUAAAAGGUCAAAGAGCCCUAAUGAGUGAAUUACAUAGCUGUCAGCAGGUCACAGCAAACGAACCAGGCUUAGAACAAUGUUUGUUACUUGCCACAAACCAGGCUAGUGUGGAUAGCCAGUUAGAACAAGCCCAGAAGUGACAGGAUUCUCAAGGUAGAAGUUCCCUUGCUCAGAGCAUGAAUGUGUUCACCUGCCUUUUGUUGGAGAAAUGGCAGGGAGUCCUGGACAACUUGCCCUUUUGGAGUCUCUCCCCUUUGCUACUAUUGUGCCUCAGGUGCCCACAUGUUAUGGUGGCCUUCUAAGUGGGUGUAUAACAUUUUCCAAUUUAAAGCCUAUUUGCUUAAAAGGGACAGGGGGAGUGGACGGAAGUGGUCCAUAAGAUGGAGAAUCAUGAAAUGUACAUUUCUUUUAGUCCCCCAGUGUUGCUUGUUCUUGGGUGUGUGCCUGAGUGCAUUGUUUGGGCUUAACUCUGAAUCUAGUUAAGAUGGUGAUCUCAAGGCUUAUUUGUAAACGGGAAGGAUAAAGAGAUCAGCAUUUUAACCACUGACCCCUUCAUCUUUGCCCACUCGUACUCAUUUCUUUUUUCAUAGGAGUUUCCUAUUGUGAAACAGGUUCUGUUCAGCUGCAUCCAUUCUAUGCCAGCUGAAAAAGGAAUAGGGAUGCAGCUUUUUUAUCCAAGCAGCCUUUUCCCAUUUGAUUGAUUUUAACCAGCAUUUUGUCACAGGUACAAAAUUGGGCAGUAUUAUUAAUGUGCAUGUUUGCUAGGUGGUGUUGAAAUGUACUGUUUUGAUCAUUUUAAACUGUGUGUUUGUAAAUAUCAGAAAGGCUUAGUCUGCUUUAGGGAGUAUCUGUGUGUUAUGGAGGGGGACGACACAGAGCAAGAAUAGAUAAUUUGGUUUUAAAAAUGUGAUAAAAAGCGGGACAUUCUUUGUUCUGCUAUUAAUUGUAUUGAAAUAAGUCAAUGCAUUUCAGAUCUUAGUCCGGCCGCCCAGUUCAGCCUGAUGCCUUUUAAAGGUUUCAGGGUGUUAAUGUUUUCCUUCUCAAGGUGACAAACAUCUUUUGAAAUUGUUUUUAGCACAAUGGCGCCACUGUCCUUGUAGUGUAAUUUCUUUGGUCGUGAAUUUCCAGGCCCUUCCAGUAAGAGGAGAAAGGCACUUAAGUGGUCAAUAGCCUGUUAGUAUAUACAUUGCUCUUUAAAAAAAAAAAAAAAAAAGCAAGCUUUGAAUAUAUCAAGAAUGGGCUGGCUCUUCCAGAGGCAUUCUCCUCAUUUUACUGAGGGGAAACCAUGCGCUGGGUUCCCACCAAAUAAAAAGUGACCUUUUGUUCCCCUUCCUCUGUACACACCCCUGACGUGUGCCAAGCAAAUGAGAAAGGGGGCCCUUGGCAAUUAAAACAGAAAGAGGCCAGUAAUCAGAUUGAGACGGACAUGCUGCUAACUGCCAACAGUUGACCUGAGCAGUCCUAACUUGCACUUGGUCUUUAGCGUUGGGUUAGAUUGACUAACAGAGUGAAUAAAGUUCAGCCCUCGUAAGACACGCUCCAUCUGCUGUCAUCAGAAACAGAUCAUCCAGAAGAAACCUUUGAGCCUGUGGACACACUCCUUUUCUUGAACUUUUCAAAAUUAGGACAAAUUUCAGGGUUUUUAAAAAUCACUUAUAUUCCCCCAAACUUGGAAUAUUUAGAGGAUUUUGCUUUUCCCUCUCAUUCUUUGUCUAAUGGGAGGGGUCUAAAUGAGUACGGAGGGCAAUAAAAGGCAGGUGCCAAAGAGACUGGAGGGAAUCACAGUUCUUUAAAGCAGAGUGAGGGAUAUUAAGUAGAGGAUUCGUACCCGCCCUGGCUUGAAGGUAACCAGAAAAGAAAAUAGUGAAGGCACUGAAACAGUCACGAGAAAAGUCUGGUGCAGCUCAGCCUAGCAGCCAGUGAGAGCACAUCGAUGCAGUGCCCCCCAGAGCUCCCCAUGACCAGGUGCAUCACUGAACCCCAGUCUGAGGAGGGAGGGAGGAAGAAAGGAAGGCUGCUGCCUGGAAUAGCUCAAGUCCCUUUCGGAUCACGGGAGCCAACUAGGGCAGUUGUGGAGGGGCUGUUCUUUUUUUCUUUUCUUUUCUUUUUUUUUGGAGUGGAAAGUGAUGCUAGAGUCCCUUAGGGAACAAAAAGAUCCAUUGGGUCAGCUAGGUCCUAGAAAAGUCCAAUGGUCAAACCAAGCUCUAGUUGUGACAAGUGGAGUUGAAGGGCGUGGUAGCCAGCACGGAUCUGUUCUUUCUCCAUCAUUUCUGUGGCUUUUUGCCCCCAUAGCCGUGCUAGUGAUGCUAUGUGGCUAAAAAUCUCUUGAUCAGAAUGUGAGCUCAUUCACCUUUCUACGAAGCAUAAAAGUAACUUUUCUGUUUUCAUAUUUUCCCUCCAAGCUGAACUGUGUGUGGUAGGUAGCCUUGCUUAUGUUAGCAUUAAGGCCAUAUCUGGUCUGUCCUAAACGUAUUUCCCUAUUUCCUAUAGUUGGAGAGUUGCUCACUGUAAACAUUAAUUUUCCGUUAGUAUUACGUAAAUCCAGCUGUAAAACUGACUAGUGAAUUAAUCUAACAUCACUCUUGCCCAGACACCCAUCCUUUCCUGUGUCCUCCCAUCAUCCUCAUUCUUCCCACAUUUUGCACAAAAAUGAUGUUUAUGGUCAUUCGGCAAUAACUGGACAUCAAAUAGUGUCUUUUUGGCAUUUGUUGAAAAAUCCAAAUGCCUAAUCACAGGGGUUUUAAAAAAAAACCUAAGCAUUUUUACAAGUACACUGAAUUGGAUCAGCAUUAUUGUUCAUUAUAAUGCUAUAUAUUUUUUUGAAGUAACGUACUAUAGUUGUCAUAAAACUAUCUUUAUUCUCCUCUGAAGUGUUGUAAAUUCAUUUGACCUUUACUGCAAAAAAAAAAAAAAAUCUUUUCUAUAUAGUGUAUCAAGACAAGGCUCAGUUUGUAACAAAUAGUGGAGGGUUACAAAAGAGGAAGGGAAAAAGCCAGGCUGAGCAUCGAGAAGCUUCAGUUCAAUUUCACCUCAUAUCUUUCUAAUAACUUACUUGUCACUUUAUUACCUUCCAGUAAUGUGAACGCUGCUGACAAGACUGUCACACUAACAGCAGACAACACCCUCUCUGCUUCAGCUCCAGGUCUCCUGGCUACUUAUUGCCCUGGCCCUGAAGGGACACAAACUAAUAGUGUGCUUUCCAGUUCAGCACUUGGCCAUCAAAUAUAAAAGGAUGCGUAAUUGCCUGUUUAUCCCUUGUGAAGGGGAAAUUGAGUACAAGGGCUAGGCUUUCCCACUGAGUUCCCUGAUGUACACACAUUCACAGUCUCUCUCUCUCUCUCUCUCUCUCUCUCUCUCUCUCUCUCUCUCUCUGUCUGUCUCUCUCCCCCCACCCCCUUCUCCUCCCAGCACAUGAGCCCGUACACACACCCACUAAACUGUAUCUUUGGUAAGCCCAAAGCUGCCUCAAGGUGCCCUCUCCAGCUAUUAAGUGGACAGUAACAAGACUACUUCUUAAGGGUCAGUAGAGAGAUGCUGACUUUGAUGGCAUCCUUUGAGUCUUUGGAAACUUAAGUAUUGCAAUUCCAAGCCCAUGCAUUUUGGGAGUACUGGGUGUGGCCCUAUAAUGAGAGCACAGUUUCUGCAAGUCAGUGACAAAAGUGGUAUUAGAUCGCCCCAUAUUCUGUAAGGAAAGCAUUAAAAUGUUUUUCCUCCCCUUCAAAAAGUGCACGUGUUGUAACAAAUUGGUUGUGCGUGGUGGUAAAAAAAAAAAAAAAAAAAAAUUUUUUUUUUUCUUUUUUAGUUUUGACGCCCAACUGUUAGUCUGAAUGAACACGUGUCUUGCCAUGAGAACCUCCAAAUCCAUAGUGUAACAAGACAAAUUCACCUUUGUUUUGUUUAAUUGGACUGACAAUCUGAAAAAAAUAAUAAGGCACGGGGACUUUGACUUGAAUCACUAAAACAGAGACCACCCUAUACGUAAAAGUAAAUUCUCCACUUUGGGAAAAUUUUGGUAAGUACAAGCGCGUGAGCUUUACGAAAUCAAGUGACUAGGGGACAAAAGGUACAAAGGAAGAUCACAUGAAAGUGUUAUCUUCCCAAACAUCUUGAGCCUGAAAAGCAUGUAGGUAUUGGCUGCUAUUUUUGUAUAUUAAACUACUUAAAGGAUGGUAAAAGGUGGCUAGUUGGUGGCUAAAUGAAGUGCGACAUCUCUGUGUGCAUCGUCCUUGGGGAACUAGGGGACUCCAUGCUUCCUUCUAACCCUCCAGCAGCAGGUCUGUUAGAAGCUGAUGACCCGCCCCCCAACCCCGCUUUGAACAGUCACAUUUCAAAUCUAUUUGUCAACCCACUAAGAUACAGGUGGGUGUCACCUUUGAUACUAACUUACGCAAAGAGACAAGUGGCAGAUUUAGGGACAGACGACUUACCAGGUCUGUGUUGACAAACCCGUGCUAAAAUAAUUGCAUUAACCACUUAGGACUGGGAAGAAAAGCACUUUGAGUAAAGGAUUCUUGGGGUCAGAGAAAAAGCAGUUGAUGUUUUUUGAAGUUCCCCCAGUAUGUAUAUAUUACAAUCAUUUAGCAAACAUCUUAAGAGAAUCUUAAUUAAAAAUUCAGCUGCCAGAAUUGCACAGAUUCUGCUAACUAAUAUGACCUUUCCCCCACCCUUUAAAUAACAGGGAUGCUUAAGGACACUCCCAAUUAUUUUAAUGUGUUUCUAGCUUCCUUUUUUUUUUAAAGACUCUUUGAAGGGAAGGAAGAGCAGAAAAAGAUAUUUUAACAAGAAUGGAGAGAAGUAGAUAGUAUAAAACUAUAUUUCUUGAAGAGAGAAUAUCUAAGCGUUAUACCGAGAGUUUAUAAGGCUUCCUGUUGCCAAAUGUGAUGCUGAAAUAAUGCACAAGUAAGAUGGCAAAUCGAUCCAUUAUGAACCGGCUCUGCCCACUUCUGUUACGGAAUGCAAGGACUGAGAGGUGACUCGGGGCGGGGGCGGGGCGGGGGGUGGCCCUGGAUGUGUGCGAGAGCUCCACUCAUCUGGCCCUGGAAAUGCUUUCCACAAGAAGGGGAGAAAAGCCCAGCCCGCUUGGUAGUCCCCCGCUGCAAGGUGAGCUGACCUGGCGCUGUUUCCACAGGAGACAGGCUGCCCGUCCUUUCCAUGCUAGGAGACAGAGCAUCCCCCUGCCCUGCCUGUGAAUCAGUGCCGUAGCCAUGAGAAGCGGUGAUUCACGAGGUAUGAUGCUCUUGACUCCCAGACAACGUGCUGAGUUAGUAGGUUCACUUGAGAUGCAUAAACCAAGGUUGAAUUUUUUUUUUCAUUUAGUACUCAAUUUGGAGCAUUUUUGCAUGUCUUUGUACAGAGCAAUCCAUUCCUCUCAUUGCCCAUCUUAAUCUCCCCUGAGUUUUCCAUUAUAUUUCCACCCCUGCCCUUUCUUCCUCUGAUCUCACCCACCCCUUAAAAAAAUUCUUUUCUGAAGCAAGAAGGUAGAACACUCCCUCCCUCACCCGGAUUUUGAUGGCUUAUGGAAACAUUUGUGUGUUCUACCCUGUCCAGGGUUUACAUAACGUGGAUUAAGUGAAUGAGAUGUUCUAGCAUUAUAUAUUAAGCUUAUAUGACUAAGAUUUAUAAUAUAUGGUGCUCUCACUUUCCUGUGCAAACUUUGGUUCAGCUGCCCUGCAGAAAAGUCUUACCAUUUUCCUACCAGUGCCAGUACGAACAAGGGCAGGAUUGCUAAACGUGGGUAUCUGGAGGUCUGAGGGGUGAGGGAAGGCGGAGAAACCAGGAGAAGACUUUGGUGUGAGGCCUCCCUGGGCCUUUCCUCAAAGGUGGAGGCGAGUUGGGGCUUCAGGAAAGAAAGCUCUCCGUUCUCUACUGCUCUUCAGGGACUAGGCCUUUUGGAACUAGCAAGACCCCUCACCUGGUUGAGAGAACGCCUAACUUUCUUAUUCACCCCAAACCCACUGGUGUGUCUCGCUAACAAAAACAUUUGACUCAACCUGCCUAUUUGACAGCAAAAUUGGCCCAAGGGAAUUGAAAUAUCUUAAGGAAAAGAAUUUUCUCCAAGAUACAUCCUCUCCCUCCUCCCAGAGUUUGGGGGUUUAUGCUUUUUUCGUUUCUCUUCUCCUCUGCAUCAGACCAGCCUCUCUGCUCAGCCUGCCACAGAACCAAAGUUUGCACUACAAAAGGGCGCAGCACCAAGGGACGGGGACAGCUUGCAUCACCCUGAUCUAAUCAUUGUGACGUCGGUAGCUUCGUAAAUACUGUAUGUACCUUGAACAAGGGUUUUGUUUUUGUUUCGUUUUUGGUUUUGCUUUUCGGUUUGUUUUUAUUAGUAGUCUGAGGGAAUUAAAAGUUUUUAUUUGCUAUUUCUUUUGUUGUAUUUUCUGUACUAUAACUGUCUACAGUAUGUCUUUUGCAUAAAAUGCAUAAGGGUUUGGGGAUGUAAAUGGAAUUUUAUUCAUAUUUUGUCCAAAUACCUCUUGUAAUUUGUAUCAAAAUUCUUGUACAAUUUUUAUAUUAAAGAUUUAUCACUGA